CAGCCCGGGGCACCCCACCCCAGGCUGCCCUUGGGGUAACCCUCAUUGUCUUCACCUCCUCUCCCAGGCAGGUUGGGAGUGAGGGAACCAGGGGGGGCAGUGACUUGCCCAGGCCACAGGGGGAGGGAGGGACCUCAUCUCAGCCGCCCCUCCUCACGGGAGCACAGCCCGUGGGUGCCCUCCUGCCGCCCUGGCCACGUCCCGGGGGCAUUUGGUGACAUUGAUGUGGGCUUGUCUCUCUUUAUUCUGAACUGCACGUUGUGAAGGGGCCCCCCCACAUGGUUUCUAACAUGGACUGUGACCGGUCAGACCAGCGGUUCCCAACCUGUGGGUCGCGGCCUCUUUGGCGGUCGAUGGACCCUUUCACGGGGGUCGCCUAAGACCAUCCUGCAUCUCAGAUAUUUACAUGACGAUUCAUCACAGUAGCAACAUGACAGUGAUGAAGUAGCCACGAAAAUAAUGUUAUGGCUGGGUCACAGCAUGAGGAACUGUAUUGAAAGGGCCAGGAGGUUGAGAACCACUGGGUCAGAGGAACAGAGCAGGGGAGCUGCCCGCUUUCUGGGGUGUGAGGGUUGAGCUCGGGCUGCCCUCUUGUGGCAAAAACCGAAGCAUCGUGACAUGUGGCUUCAAUGCUCCUGCUUCCGGCGUUCACCUGGCCCCAGGUCCCCUGAGCCAGGAGGUUUCAGUUUAGUGUGCGGACAAAGCCGCCUGCCUGAGGUGAGCAGGACCCUCGAGGGGCUGGGAGAUGACCCAACCCAGCCCCCUUUGAGGCCUCUCUCCAACCGGGCCUGAAGCAAGGCCAUGCCUGCGUUUCCCUGUUCCUUCGGCCAAUAAAUCCUCCUCUUUCUAAAGCUAGAAUGGCCCGGAAGACAUGGCUCAGUGGUUGAGCGUUGACCUAGGAACCAGGAGGUCACGGUUCCAUUUCCGGUGAGGGGCACAUGCCCGGGGUGUGGGCUUGGUCCCCAGUAGGGGGCGUGCAGGAGGCAGCCGAUCAAUGAUUCUCUCAUCAUGGAUGUCUCUACCGCUCUCUCCCUCUCCCUUCCUCUCUGAAGUCAAUAAAAACACAUUAAAGUAAUAAUAAAGCCAGUGUGACCCUGGUUGGUGUUCCCUACACCCAACGGCUCUUGGGUGUAGCUGGGACUUGCGCCCGGUCUGUCUGGCUCCAUCUCUCCUCUCCAGUUAAGCAGGAUCCUGAGCCAAAGAUGACGGGACUCAGAACGGAACCCAGGAUCAGAGACUUGGGAGGGAGAGGCAGGGGCCAGGGGCCCAGCACAUCGGAACCUGGAGCUCAGCGUCUCUUGAGGAGCCCGAAUAGGAAUGAGAAGAGAAGCGGGACCACGGCCACACGGAGUGAUGGGUGUGGAUGGUGUGGAACCAGGGACGAGGGGCCCAGAGGGGGCCCCAGCCGUCCUGGAAGGCCUCUUAGUGGAAGUCGGGCACAGGAUGGCUUCCCCUGGACACAUCUCACCUGCCUGCCCAGAUCAAUGGCUCGACGUCACCCCUGAAAAGGGUGUCUCCCUCCAGAGUUGGGGAAUGGGGAGGAGGCGCUGUUCCCUCCCCAGUCCCUCCGCCCCUCCCUCCUUCAGCCCCUGUUAAUGAGCCAGAGCUUCCUGACACUGGUCUGGGCGGAGCCCCAAGGGUCAAGUGUGGUCGUCUAAGCUGCCUGGCCUGGCCACCAGUCAGCCCCUCUCAGGCCAGGGGUCUCCUGCUGGCUCCAACAGGUGCACUCCCCAUGCAGACCCCUCACCUGGCCACCGGACCCUGCCUGGAGGUGCACCCCUCCAACCUGCUCCCAAACCCCCCAACCAAUCCAGCUCCAGGAGGCUGUAAAGCCCAGGGCAGGCUCCUGCCACCCCUCUGGCCCUGCCCAGGCCCUGAUCACUGUCCCCCGCGGCCAGAGAGCUCCUGCUCCAGGGGCACAAACCGCGGUGUCCAGUACCAAGUGACCAGGUCUCCUUACUGGACUAGGAACCGCGUGCAGCUUUGCAAAGCAGGCAGAUGAACCUGCCUCGUCUAGUCUCUACAACACUCUACGACAGGAAUUUAACUGUCUCCAUUUACAGCUGAAGAGCGGGGAUCAGAACCCACAUCCCUGGCCCCAUGCUAAACCUGCAGGUUCACCGAGCGGGGCUCUAAGCAAACCCCGCCCGGGUCUGCCCUGACCUCCGGCCUGCGCAGCACAUCUGCGCGCCGAGGCAGUGCGCACGCGCGCCACGCUCCUCCUCCCAGGCGCGCGGACUACAACCCCCAGGAUGCACCGGGCAUGACGACCUCGCAGAGCCCUUUUCAAACCGGCCAAUCGCAGCGCGCGCCGCUCCCGUCGCGCCCAGUUUAAAUCCGGGGCGGAGGCGUGUGGGUCGGGGCGUCACAGCAGACACAGACUUGCUGGUAGCUCCGGGAUGGAAGGAGGCAGCAGCGGCGGGCCCCCAGCCAGCCAGGCAGGAGGAGCGGAGACGGAGGUUCCCAGGAAGGAUGACGUCCUGCUUCUGGCCGAUGAAAAGUUUGACUUCGACCUGUCGCUGUCUUCUUUGAGUGCGAAUGAAGACGACGAGGUCUUUUUUGGGCCCGUUGGGCACAAGGAAAGGUGUGUCGCCGCCAGCCUGGAACUCGGCCACCCAGGUCCAAGCCCCCCACAGCCUCCUUCCUCGGUGUCAGAAAGUCCCUUCCGCUGGAGCCCUCUCGCCGGGGAGAAGUUCGUGGAAGUUUACAAGGAAGCGCGCCUCCUGGCCCUGCAGAUCGAGAGCAGCAGCCGGAGCGCGGCCCCCCCGGCCCCGGCCGGGCCCGAGGACGCGGGCAGCCAGGGCGUUGAACGGUUCAUACAGGAGUCGAGGUUAAAGAUGCUCCUGUUCGAGAGGGAAAAGGAAGCCCAGAAAAGCCCCAACUCCCUGAAGAGGGAGACGUACUGCCUGUUGGACAGUCCUGCCAGCGGCCCGCAGCUGCCAGGAAGCCAGCCCGCCUCGGGCGUGGGCCCCGCCGGGGCACAGGGCCCACCGGGCUCUUCUCGGCCUUUGCCCGUGGAAACAAGCCCCGCUCGCCCUCCACGCCUGGCAGUCCCUCAGAAAAAGGUGGCCAGCAGGUUGCCGCCGCCCCGGGCCUCGUCUGCCAGGGGAGGGAGCCUGCCCGUGGCCGCGGAAAAGCCUCCGAAAGAGAAGCCGGCCAGUCCUUCCAAGAUGAAAAUCCCACACGAGAAGGAACCCCAUGGGGCUGCCCGGGAUGCCACCACCCUGCCAGCCAGCAGGAGCCACUUGGUCCAGGGCAAGCGAUCGCUCCCUGCUCCAAACAAGCUGGGGCUGAAGAAGACGCAGCUGAGGCUUCCCGGAGGCGCGGGGGGUCCUGCACGACAGCCCUGCGCCCGGGGGUCUGUCCCGGGCGGGAGCGCCGGCCUGGGCGCCUCCCCGGCGGCCGGCAGAGCCAAAUCCAGCGAGCGCCCCAGCGUCUCUGCAGCCCGCGCCCGGCCUCCCGACCCCCGCCAGUCGGGCCGCGCGAGAGCCCCUGCCGUCCGGCCGGUCGCCCAGCUGCCCGUGGCGCCCACCGCCCUGGCUCUCACGCAGCCACAGACGCCAGAACAGGGGGGCGGGCGGCUGAGCCCUCGGCCCAGUCUGUCCCGCUCUCAGCUGCACGGCCCGGGCAGCGCCAGGCGGGCCUCCUUCCUGAUUUCCCAGACGAAGGCUCCGCCCACCCCGACGAGUCAGUUUAAAAUCCCCGCGUUUCCUCCCGGUGACAGCACGACGCCUAGGUUCUCUGGGGCACGGAGGCUGCAGUCCUGCACGUCGGCGGGAAGGGUGGCCCACAGCACUCCCGCACCGCGCCCCUCAGGGCCGGCCAGGACCCCCGCCAGCACCACACGCGCGUCCGGCCUGCCCACGCCCACCGGCCGUCGGCUCUCUGGCCUCCCAUUGGUGACCCCUAGCACCGUGCCCAGGACCCUGGCUUCUCCCCUGUGCGUGUCCACUCGGCAGCUGUCAUCUGAGCCCCGGAGGACAUCUGCAGGGAGAGCUACGCUGGGGAACGGGGGCAGCCAGGCGGUGGCCCCAGGUUCCGACGUGUCCUCGGACGGGAGUCUUUCUCCGGCUGUGCCGCAGGCUCUCAGCUUUUCUCCAGAGAAGAGCGAGGCCGCCGUUUCAGAAAGUGCUGCCGCAGAGCGAGUGCUGGACGCGGCCCAGCCCCCUGAGGAGGCGGCCCCCCGAGAGGCUGUCCUCGUGGACGUCCCGCUGGGCCAGCGCGUCACGCCAAGCACUGGGUGCCCCCUCGGCGACCACCCUCUCAUCGACCUGAGCCUCACCCCAGAGGCUCCCGUGGCUUCGGGACCUGGAAGUCGGCCUCUGCUUGACCUCCUGGCGAACACCCCAGACACGGACAGGAAAGCCACGGCCAAGCCGCUCCCCGGGGUGGGACAGCUCAUAGACCUGUGCUCGCCGCUGAUCCAGCUGAGCCCCGAGGCCAACAAGGAGAACAUGGACUCGCCGCUCCUCAGGUUCUGAGGGCAGAGCCGCCUUCACCUCCGUCUCCCUGUGAGCACACACCGUCCGCGCGUGGCUCCAGCCCUCAGACGCCCGCUUUAGGAGAAAUUAUAUUGGAAAAAGGUUUAAAAACCUCAGGGAAAUUCCCCGGGGGUGGGGGCUGUGGGAUGGGGCGUUGGCCACCUGUGGUCACUGCCGCCACUCCCUGCGCGGUGCCCGUCGGAAGUCCACAUGAACUUUAUGAAUCUUUUUUAUGUAAAAUAGCAAAUGACUAUUUUAAGAACUAAGUUUGUAUAAAAGUUAAGUAUUCUAGGUUUAAGUUAAAUUGUAAAAUAAGCGAAAAUAUAUUAAAGCAUAUCUUGGUUUCAAAUA